UGCGGUCAUAAAUUGUGUUUACAGACGUUCAUUUCAGCAGAAGUUUGUUUUGAAGCGCAGAAGUCAAGAGAGUCAAAAUGAGGGUCUGUAUUAUCCUCGCAGUGCUCGCGCUCAUCAGUCUCCAAAGCUCAACUGCCUAUCUGAUGGUAAAAGGACCAUCUGAGCCAGUCCUGGAAGGACAGGAUGUGACGCUGGAGUGUGUGGACACCGAUUCUAAGCUCAAUAUGAGCUCAGUCCAUUUUGAGAGGUUCUCUAAGUACAUGAGGAAUUGGUAUCGUCUCCAGGCAGAUGAUGUGUAUUUAUACCGCAGAUGUUUCAUGUAUGAUGUGGAUGUGAGAAGAGAGGAGGGCAAACUUCUUGUCCUAAUUUCAAGCAUCCAGUCCUGGUCUGAGGGUCCAUACCGCUGUGUGUCUGAGAACUCUUCUGCACCGGAUAACUCUUCCGAGUCGCUCACCAUCCCCAUCCACUAUAUGCGAGAGGUAUCAGUGCACCGGGCUGGUUUGGGCUACCUAACCCGUUAUUACAACUCUGUGGAGGAGCUGAAAGUUCAAUUAGGGGAUGACGUAGAGCUAGAAUGUUCCACUUCAGCUUCUGAGAAACCCAAUUACUACUGGACCAAAGAGGGAGAGAACUGGGUUUUGUCUGCCAGUAAGCUGAAGUUGGAGAAGGUGACAAGGCAGGUUGGAGGGAGAUACACCUGUACAGCCCAGUCUCCUACUGUGCAAUCCCUGAUGAAGAAACGCACUAUCAGCGUCACUGUCCUGCCAGAGAAUGCAGCAUGGUAUGAGUCCACCGCUGGUCAUGUAGUUCUCACAGUGUCCUGUGUAGGAAUUGUUCUUCUGGUGAUUGUGAUAUCCAUGAUAACAUACCUCUGCCGUCGAGCCAGCCAAAGGAAGUGCAAGGGUCCCAUUGAUGACCACUCCCAGAAGAAACCCAUCUACAGAAACAGCGUGGAGUCCCUACCCUCCACCAGUUCUGACAAGCAGCCACUGGUAUAAAGAGUGAAAUCGAUGGAGGGCUGGAGAGGAGAAGAGAAAACUGAAGAGAAAAGAAUUAGAAGGGGAGAAUAUAGUGUGAAGAGGACUUUGUAUACUUUUUGAUUCACUUUAUAGACAGAUAGUAUCUUAAUUAUAUAUCUAAAUAAAGACCCUAGAACAUAAAAUCUAUAGACAAAGGUGGAACAAAUGAUGGUUUUAACAAGGUAGGUCGUGUCCAGUGUGCUCGGCAGAAGUGCUCUUCAACAAAAGGUGUGCAAUUUUCUCUGUAUUGAUUAAAAACGCAGCAAAAUUGAGAAAUGCUGAAAAGAUGUUUUUGAGAGCUGACCUUGAAUUAUUCUUUUUCCUAUCGUUCUCGGGUUGAAAAGGCAGAUUUCAGUUUAUGUAAACCAUUUAACAUUUCUUUUAUGCAAACUCACUGUCUUCAGGCUAUCAGAUCAUUUAGUCCGAUGUAAAAAAUGGAAUAUUGCUUUAAGUAAAUGCAUAAUCAUCUGUUUCUCUUGAAAGGGCAGUAGGUAAGAUCCAGACUAAUACUCAUCCAAUUACUCUUUGCACUUUGACUGUGUUGCACUUUUGCACAUGUUUGAUUUUGCCCUGUAUGUCUUUGAAUUUAAAGCUAAUAAACUGUUUUAAGUUUUACAACGUA